AGUGAAGAAGAAGAAGGGGAAGAGUGAGUUUCUUCUCACUCAAACUCAAACCCAUUUUUCCGCAUUAUUGAACUUUUUUUACGUCAAAUGUUAAUUAUUAAUUAUUAGUUUUUAUUAGUGGUGAAAUGGAACUGGCAUCCUUCCCUUCUUUUUUUCUCCUUUCACCAUCCAACUAACUCUACAACUCUGCAUUAUUUGGUUUUUAGUUUUUAAAAUUUGUAUUUCAGCAAGUUCAAACCCAGAGCAAAGACUAUAGAAACCGUCAAAAUGCAGAAACCCAAGGUUGAACUAUGCGAUAUAUGUGGUGAUCAUGGUUUGGCCGAAGCAAUUGAUGCUUAUUGCAUCGGAAUUAUCACCACAAUAAUUCCUAAAGACUGGCUUUGUGAGCCUUGCCAAUCCAAGCAUGUUCCAACUUCACCAUGUAAAGUGAAUCAGGAUAUUGGCUCAUGGGCUUUUAAAAAGCAUCGAGCUGUCAAAACAGCGAAAGUGAAGUUCCGUCACUUGGAUGAAGUCAUUAGACUUUCUUCCCAGAAGGCUUCUGCUGUAUCCAAAAAUGUUACUUUCUCCCUGGCUCCAAAAUCAAAUCCUCAAACUUCACCUCCUAAAGUACUUGGGAAGCUUCCAAGAAAUGAUGAAGUACACAAGAAGCCAAUGACUAAUCAACAUGUUUCUUGCUCGUUAGCAAAAAGACCAACGAAGGAGUGUAUUGGAGAAAAUCAGCAACCACUUGGUGGAUUAGUAGCUGAUAAAAAAGUUCGACCCCAUGUUCCUCAGAAAGAAAAGCCUACAAAAAGGGCACCUUUUGAAGGUUUAUCAGCAAAAAAAUCUUCCCCUUUUGUCAAUUCAGGUGGUAUAUUUAGCGCUGCUGCUGAAUCUAACCAGUUUAAUAUUGAUAAAGGCAACCGUCAAAGAAUUCAGAAAAACUUAAACCUUCAUCGUAAAUUUUUACCCUCAUCAAUUCCUUCUUGGAGGGGUCAAAUCCAAAUUCUUCAAACCGCUGCAUCCGGAGAAACUUAUGAUGGGUUUGAGGCCCAACCACCAUGCGUGGUUAAGAGGAAAGCAUAUGAGUUUUCAAGAGAAAUGCCAUCAGUCCUUCAACUGGAGUCACUUUCGGCAUCGAAUGUUUUGACUGACAUAUUCUGGGAUGGUUCUCCUAAGCUUCAAGAUAUUGCAUUGUACUUCUUUCCAUCAAAACAAACUGAGAAGUCCAAAGAGAACCUGAAUAGCAUAUUGAAGUUUAUGAAUGCCAAGAAAUCAAUGUUGAGAAGUUAUAUUGAUGGAGUGGAGUUGAUGGUAUUUACCUCAAAUCAACUCGACAUGGACUCAAGGGGUGCUAUUGCUGCAGUAAAUGCUGGACAUUUCCUGUGGGGACUCUUUCGCCAAAAUAAGAUUGAUAAAGCUAUCAAAAGAAUACCUGACAUGGAGCCAGUCGAUAUGGACAUUGAUAUGAUUGGGGGAAAGGAUGUGGUGGGGAGAGUUGAUCAUGUUCGAAAAGAUAAACCAGAGAGUGCCUCUAUGACGGAGUAUCGUAACAAACUAGAUGUUCCACCAGGUUUUGAAGCAUUUUCCAAAAUGUCUUCAUGCAAUAUUGUUGUGGAAGAUUAGAGGCUAACAACAACACAUAAACAUGUUUUGUAAUAUUUAUAAUACGCGGUGCAAUUACAUUGAAGUA